AUGGUAUUGGAUCCUCUGCGGCACAGGCGCAUGGUGGCCUCGGAUAUUCUGCGGUGCAGACUGAAUCUGGUUCCGAUGCUGCGCAACAUGCAAAAGAUGCAUCCACUCGCCCUAGGACUCGACUUCAAGCAGCUAGACAAGGCACUUUAUGGUCUCAAGCAGGCACCAAGAGCAUGGUAUCAUCGGUUGAGUGUGAAGCUUCAAGAAUUGGGUUUCAAGCCGUCCAAAGCUGAUACCUCACUUUUCUACUACAGGAAAGAUAAUCUGGUCAUGUUCAUCUUGGUGUAUGUAGAUGAUAUCAUAGUGGCAAGCUCAUCCACCGAAGCUACAAAGGCUCUACUUCAAGCUCUUAAAUCUGAUUUUGCAUUGAAGGAUCUAGGUGAUCUGAGUUACUUCUUGGGAAUUGAGGUGUCGAGAAAUGCAAAUGAGUUGGUACUCUCGCAGGCCAAGUACACAACUGAUGUGUUGAAGAGAAUCGGAAUGCUCAAUUGUAAACCUGCCAACACACUGAUGUCAACUACAGAAAAGUUGUCAGCUCAUAAUGGGACUCCUCUUGGACCCGAAGACUCAACACGUUAUAGAAGUAUUGUUGGAGCUUUGCAGUAUUUAACAUUGACAAGACCAGAUAUCUCCUUCUCGAAUAAGAUUUGUCAGUAUCUUCAUAAGCCGACUACUGAACAUUGGACGGCAGUCAAACGUGUGAUGAGAUAUCUCAAGCACACAUUGGGUCUUGGACUCAGGAUAUCCAAGUCAAAUUCCACACUUGUGAGUGGUUUUUCAGAUGCAGAUUGGGCCAGAUGCAUUGAUGAUAGACGGUCAACAGGAGGUUUUGCUAUAUUCCUUGGUACAAAUUUGGUCUCAUGGAGUGCAAGAAAACAAACUACAGUCUCAAGUUCAAGCACUGGGGCAGAGUACAAGGCAAUGGCAAAUGCAACUGCAGAAAUUAUUUGGGUACAGUCAUUACUCCAAGAACUUGGAGUCAAGAGUCCAUCAUUUGCAAGAUUAUGGUGUGACAAUCUUGGUGCCACAUAUCUCUCAGCAAAUUCAGUGUUUCAUGCUCGCACAAAACACAUAGAAAUUGAUUAUUAUUUUGUGAGGGAAAGAGUUGCACAGAAACUUCUUGAUGUUCAGUUUAUAUCUACUCAAGAUCAAGUAGCCGAUGGGUUUACUAAUGCUCUAACAGUUCAGAAGCUUGAAGAAUUCAAGAACAAUCUUGAGAGAACCAAGUUGAGAUUGAGGGAGAAUGUUAGAUAA